GACCUAGCAAUUGUGCUCAGCGCUGGACAAGACACCCAUAUAGGUGGGCAGACAAGCUUCAUGCGCGCUGGGCGUAGCACCCAAAUGUUAAGGGCAGACAUGAAGGGCUUGGGAAAGGCAUGAAGAUGAAGCCUAGGAUAGAUGAUAAGAGAAAUAAACAUUUUGUGUCGGGUUGAAUUGCUUUAUCCUCUUUGGAGGCAUUUCAUGGUCCAUGAUUGGGCUCUGGGAAAGAACACGUCUAGAGGAGGCAUCUGAAGCAGCGGCGUUGCGAGCGGCUCAGGUUGAUUUAGAACACGGAUGACAGUGGCCUGGCGCGAGCCCACUGCUGACGAAAGCUGCUUAUCCCGCUCGGUUUCCAUGGCGACGGGCCGGAGCCGCGGCGGCGGCGGCGGCGAGGCUGUCAGCGAGCGCGGCGGAGCUCGCGCGUCCGCGGGGGUCUGCAGGAGGCAGGAGGAGGCCCGGGCCGGGGCCCUCGCGGCAGACAUGGACUUGCACUGUGACUGUGCCGCCGAGACGCCGGCCGCCGAGCAGCCGUCGGGGAAGAUUAAUAAAGCCGCUUUCAAAUUAUUCAAGAAGAGGAAAUCGGGUGGCACCAUGCCCAGCAUUUUCGGGGUCAAAAACAAAGGGGAUGGGAAAAGCUCAGGUCCGACGGGGAUGGUGAGGAGCAGGACCCACGACGGCUUGGCCGAGGUGCUGGUGCUGGAGGGCGGCAGGAAGGAGGAGCCGCGCGGCGGGGGCGACGGCGGCGGGGGGCGGCCGAUCCCCGGGCCCCCCCGGGCCGCGGGCCCCGGCGUGGGCCCCCUGGCCAGCAGCUCCGUGGCCAAGUCGCACAGCUUCUUCUCCCUUCUGAAGAAGAACGGGCGGGCGGAGAACGGCAAGGGAGACCCCGCGGACGCGAGCAAGGCCGGCGGCAAACAAAAGAGAGGGCUGAAGGGGCUCUUCAGCAGCAUGCGCUGGCACAAGAAGGACAAGCGGGGCCGCGACGAGGAGAAGCGGGCGCGCGCGGCCGGCCCGGGCAGCCUCAUCCUGCCCGGCUCGCUCACCGCCAGCCUGGAGUGCGUCAAGGAGGAAACGCCCCGAGCCGCGCGCGAGCCGGAGCGCCCCGGCGAGGACGCCCCGCGAGGCCCAGCAGGCUGUGGAGAUAUUAUUGCAGACCAGGAGGAAGAGGCAGGUCCCAGCUGUGACAAGCAUGCCCCCGGGCCAGGCAAGCCAGUUCUCUCUAAAAAGAACCCCAGCGUGGUGGCCUACCAAGGAGGAGGCGAGGAGAUGGCCAGCCCGGACGAGGUGGACGACACCUAUCUCCAGGAGUUCUGGGACAUGCUCUCCCAGACUGAGGGUCAAGGACAAGCGCCCCAGGAGGUAGCGGCCAAGGCAGCCCCUGCGCUGGAGACCAAGGGGCUGCCCGAGACCCCCAAAGACGUCAGGUGUGUGGAAGCGGCCAAGGACGUGUCCUCGGUCAAGCGCAGGAGGCUCAACCGGAUUCCCAUUGAGCCCCCUCCGAAGGAGGAGCCCAAGCACGUGGAGAAGGAGCAGCAGGAAGGCGUCCCCAACAGUGACGAGGGGUACUGGGAUUCGACCACUCCAGGCCCAGAGGAAGACAGCACAGGUGGUGGUAAAAAGCCGAGCAUCCCCCGGGACAGCUACAGCGGAGAUGCGCUCUACGACCUCUACGCCGACCCGGACGGAAGCCCAGCAGUCCUUCCUGCCAGCGAGGAGACGCCCUGCCUGUCCCGGUUAAAGCCUGUGUCUCCAGGCACCAUCACCUGUCCACUGCGAACACCAGGCAGUUUGCUGAAGGACUCUAAAAUACCUAUCAGCAUCAAGCAUCUCGCGAACCUUCCAUCCAGCCACCCUGUUGUGCACCAGCAACCAGCCAGGAGUGAGAUGCCCAGAACAAAAAUCCCCGUUUCCAAAGUGCUGGUCCGCAGAGUGAGCAGCCGGGGCUUGGCUGGGACCACCAUCAGGGCAGCAGCGUGCCACGACAGUGCCAAAAAGUUGUGAGAUCUCCCAGGCCAAGGUGCAUGAGCCACAUGUCAAGGAAUACAACUUUUCCCUGGAAACCACUAAAAUUAAGUUUUGCUUCCCCUAAAGAAAGUUUUUUAGGCCCACCCCUGCUGCAGAGCCUCGACGGGGAGGUCUUUGUGCUGUGAGCAGAGGCAGAGUACACCAGAGAGAGGGAUGCUACACUUGGGAUUCUCCUCUCCAAGAUAAGUCCCUGAGAAUUAUUUUCAAGCACUUUUUUCUUUUUUACCUUUUUAAAAAUCUUUUUUUUUUUUUUUCCAAUUUUUCCUUUAAUGCACUGAACACUUGGAAGUCACCUUUACUUGCCUUUGCAGAAAACAGGACUUAACCAAACCUAAGUGAGAGUCAUUCCAGGACAUCAGGCCAUGCCAGUGUCCAGAAGCCCUGGAGGAACCACUGCAGAACCAGAGCAGCUCCCCUCUUCCGGGACACGUUUCCUUCCUUCUUUCCUUUCCUUUUCUUUUCCAG